AUGAAACAGAAAUCUGAGAAAGUACAAAGAAAUACAAGCCAACUCUUAAGUGAUAAUGCUGUGCUACGAAAUGAAGUUGACGACCUCAAAAAAUCUGUUCAAUUCCAUAGUGAUGAAGUAGAACAACUAAGGAAAGAAAACUCAGAUUUAAAAGCUCAAGUACAACAAUUAACCACGAACCAAGAGCAGUUAAUGAAAAGUGCUGAUGACCUCGAAGAAAGGCACGACAACUUGGAAAUGUACACAAGAAAAUAUAACUUAGAGAUUCAUGGAAUCUCUGAGGAAGACGAAGAAGAUCUUGAAGAAAUAGUAAUGAAGUUAGGAGAGGCGGUUGGYGUCGAAAUAGAAGAAGAUGACAUUGACAUUGUGCACCGAAUGAAAGUAAGAGUCAAGAGAGGUCCAAGGCCAAUUAUAGUUCGCUUUAUGUCACAUAAGAUCAAGUCAGAGCUGUACAAAGCCAAGAAAAAGUUGAGACGCAUUGCAGGUCUUAACGACGAUUUAAAGGCCGAAAAAGCAAUUUACAUAAAUGAAAACCUCACUACAGCGAAGAGAAAGCUAUUUGCAGAGGUGCGUAAACUAGCAAAGCAGAAUAAAUGGAAGAACUGUUGGUCAUUGGACGGAAAGAUCUACGUGUGCAAAGAAAAGGGGUUCAGACCAAUAAAGAUAAGUACAUACGCUGAACUAUUGUAA